GAGUCUGCCAUGAGUUUUAAACACCUCCAGCAAUGGAGACUGCCAUUUUGUUUCCCCAUGCAUCAAGCUAGCACAGCAUUGACCACAACUGGCGCGUCAAAGUCAAAUUGUACCAGAAUAAACCAUUGUAUCCUCACUUUAACAUUUGAUCGAAUUCCUCGCACCGUCGAGGCGUCAACUGAAGCCAAUGGUUCCCAAGAUGCCCCCGGCGGCGUACCAAGGCACACGGUGCUUCGUCACUUAUGGCUCCAUGGGUUACACUCAGCGCGGCCAAAUUCCCUACAACAGUAAACCUUGGUCAGAUUUGAUGGGUUUGGACUUCAUUCAAAAGGUAGAUGUGAUCAUGCCUCACGAGUUGGCAAAUGCCCUGCUACGCAAAUUAGAGGAAGAGCAACCAGCGCCGCGAUUUCAUCGCGUGUUCAUGACUUUGCAGCAGAUUCUGGAGGGCGAAUUUUUCACGGAGUACAUCAAGAAAGGGAAUGUGUUGAUGCUUUCUGAAGGCAUCACAACAGUCGAUAAUAUGUUUACUCUCAAGGAAGGCAUCUUGACUAUGUACCUAGACAAAAAGUCCUACGAAGAGGCUGGUUUAACGGGUAGACCACACGGAUCUGAAGGGCGCCAAGGGAUCAAACAGAGAUGGGUUGUCUCAUACGACCUUCGGUGUCCAUCGAUGCUCCACGGAAAGAAGGGGUUCGAUAGAUUGAGGUAUGCUUGCAAGGAGGUUUUGAAUAAGCCAUACACUUGGUUAUUCUGUAGCAUUGACAAAUCGACUCCGAGCCCAGACCCGCUUCAACAGCACCAUCCGACCGGGUUUACCUCAUCGCCAAGUAUUGCGAAGGAUUUGUCAGUCAGGGCUGUGAUCCCGGGUAUAUCUCCUGAUAUCCUGCAUGAAGGCGACCGAGCUGGAUUUGAGAUUGAGGCUUGCGAGUUGUACGAGUGGUUAUCCUUAAUUCGACUGCAAAGUCCCCGGGUCUCUUCGACAGACAGUAUCGACAGUUUCCUUGCGCGUUAUGAUACUCCACAGCAACCCGAAGGAGUUGCCAAGGUUUGUAAGAUAACCUGGCAAGGAUUUAUAGGACCGCACUGGCUGCGGGAACUAGUGGCGACCCUGUUGACAGCAAGCUUCCAGCGAUCGUGGUUUGCUGUCAGUGCGACUCAGUUCUCUCGCAAUGUUUCCGGCAGUUGCAACGAACUGACACUGCUCAAGGCUGCCGAGAACCCAAACCAAUACCUCUCGUGGAGAAUCGAAUCCACCAAAUAGAGGCAUUCAGCCCAUUUUCGACCGGACAGCCCUUUGGUCACCCAGCCCCUGGUCCGAAAUAGCAUCUUCAACCAAUCUGCGCAGAUCUGCUUGACCUUGUGGUGUGUCGAAAUCAUCGCGCUGUGCAAGCUCCUCGA